GUCUCGUCAUUGCAUUCCCAUCAUAUCUUUCAUUGCCCAUCUUAUCAUUAUCUGACUCUAACACAUCCCGAUCUAGCAACAUGUCCGAUCCUGUCGCUCCAGUCACCGCCCCGGCCCCGGCCGCAGGUUACACGAUCCAUGUCUCUGGUCUCGCCCCUGAGACGUCAGAGGAGAAAUUGCACGACUUUUUUUCCUUCUGCGGUAAGCUCGUCAGUGUGAAGAAAACCGGGGAGACAGCAGAGAUUACAUUUGAAAAGCUGAGCGCUAUGAGAACUUCUUUAAUGUUGAACGGUGGUACUCUUGACGGUGCACACCUCGAGGUCACCUCUACCACUGAGGAACCCAAGUCUUCUGUGCUUCCCACCGGCACCACUGGCUCUACUCCCAUUGGCGCUGGGGUCGUGCACGAUCUCACCCAGGAGGACAAACCCAAAGCUGCCAUUGUAGCUGAAUACCUCGCACAUGGUUACGUCCUUGGUGACCACAUCGUUCAGCGGGCUAUCGACUUUGAUCAUCAACAGGGUAUCUCUCACAAAGUGCUCGACUUCUUUGGCAAAUUAGACAAGACCGUCGGUAAUCGUGUCAUUGGUCAGGACAAGACCGUAUCUGCAAAGCUCAACGAGCACGCGGCGUUUGUCAUGGCCAAGACCAAAGAGGUGGACCAACAACGUGGAGUGUCUUCAAGACUGCACGAAUACUAUCAGAAGACUGCUGGUACCUCCAUCGGUUCAAAGUUCAUCAAGUUUUACACCGAUACUCAGAAACAAGUACUGGACGUCCAUGAGGAGGCUCGUAGGAUUGCCGAUGAUAAGAAACGUCAGUCCGUCACGCCCCCAACCACCGGCACCGCAGAACCUGCCGCAGCUCCUGUCGACGCCAAACCGGCCGAAGCUACUCCCGUCAUCGCCGAGCCAGGCGCGGCCCUUCUCUGAGCCUGAACUCGUCUGAAGUGCGGUAAGAAGUGGAAUAUAAAUGUGUAGGGAUCGUGUGUAAUGCAUGCUACAUUGCUGCAAAUAUGG